CAGCAUUUCUUCAGUGAAUCUUUAAUUUAAGUUCAGUUUGAUGCGCUCCGUUUACCAAAUAGUGAUGGUGGCUGCCAUGCUUUGGAAUAGUCCACCCGUAUUAAGUAAGGAAGAGCAUGGACCCGUGGAGCAGGUGGGCGUGGAUGUGGGCGUGAUGGUGAGUCAGGUGGUGGAGCACCAUCUCACUGGCUGUCACCUGGUGCUCAUCACCACUAGACCACAAUCAUUCAUGACCUCCAGGAUAAUAAGUGUGGAGGCGAGCUUGAUAGUGGAGGCAGGGUGGGUGUUGUCCCAGGACCAGAUGGCUAAGGACCACCUCCUGCAGGGGCUGUGGGGGGACGCCAGAUUCUCCUGUAGGGCUGUCAUCCUUGACCUCACAGCCAGCAAUAGUACUGACCUCGUCCUCAGGUUGUUAGAAGUGGCAGGACUGAGGAAGAGUUGUGAGACGCGUGUGAUGGUGGUGGGAGGGAUGACAGCAGUGAAGGACGUCCUCCUACACCGUGUUUUCCACAACACCAUUCACGCCCUUUAUUUGGCCCUUGAUGACCUCACCCUCAACAUGUCACUCCGCCACGGUAACUCACGCCUUAGGAAGAUCCUCCCGAAGAAAGGAGGACGCAGUGAGCGUGUGUGGGUGUACCGGCGGUGUGUCUACUGCAACAACGGGAGGGCGGACGUCCUGUUCAUCCACCAGUACAAUAUAACGUCACUCCCCCAGCCCACUGACAACUUUUUCCAAGAACGUAUACAAAACCUGAUGGGCCACAAGCUGAAGAUCGUGUCAGUGCCGCACUUCCCUUUCAUGGACUUCAGCAGAGACAUCGAGUCAGGCAGCAUUAUAGUACCCAGAGACUCCAUCGACGCCCGCAUGCUAAAAACCAUCGUGUCUAAGCUUAAUUUCACUUUCGAGCAUCGCGCUGAGCCUGAACUUACGUGGGGUCUGGAGAAGAACGGAACUUUCAACGGGAUAAUUGGUCAGCUUCAACGAGAGGAAACCGACUUCAGCACAGUAGCAGGUCCUACACCAUCACGUUUCAAGGUUGUAGAUUACGUGAGAACUUAUCCUGCAGACAUUAUGACCGUUAUUUCUCUGAACCCUACACUACUGCCUCAACACCUGUCGUUAAUAAGACCAUUUGAAGGAGAUCUUUGGUUUGCGCUAAUAGCGAGCGUAGUGGCAUGGGGUUUGCUUAUGUGGUUAAUGCAGAGGGCAUGGGGGUGGGUGGCGGGAGGUCGCGGUGUGAAGUUCAGUACCGCCAUCCUGUACAGCUGGGGCGCCCUCCUGGAGCAGCCGCCUCCUAACACCGCCAUCAGUGACUCAGGACGUCUGUUGGUGGGUUGGUGGCUGGUGUUCUGCCUGAUCAUCACCACGGGCUUCCGCUCAUCACUGAUCGCGCAUAUGACAGUCCAGGGAAAGACGCUGCCCAUUGAGACCUUCGAGGACCUGGUGAAGCAAGACAACUGGAAGUGGGGCACUGAGCCCUGGAUCUUUAGCGGUAUACCUCAUGAUUAUUUCUCCAAACAUACCGACCCGGUUAUAAAGACGAUAUAUCAGAAAGUAGAGAGAGUAUCGAAGACGGAAGGGUUGCAGAAGGUCUUGGAUGGAGGCUUCACACUAAUCCAUUGGGAAAUUUACUUCUCCAUCUUUAUUGACUCCUACUACAGUGACGCUCACGGCAACACCCCCUUCCACGUCAGCAAGAAGGGCGUCCCCAUGAUUGCCUUCUUAGGAUGGGCAUUUAGGAAAGGUGCACCAUUUUAUCCACGUUUUUGUGAGCUUAUAUUUCGAUUACAAGAUGCCGGAAUUAUUAGCCACUGGAAUAAAGAUGCGCUAGCCAGGCGCGUAAGAGAAAACAAGGCGGCUACAGGACAGCACACCCAGAAAGACCCAACUCAAGUUGAGAGCAAGGAGAUGUCGCUGGGGCUGCAUCACCUGCAGGGUGCCUUCUUCCUAUUAUUUUUGGGCUUAGGCGUUGCUGUUCUCAUGCAGCUGGUGGAGUACCUAGCUCACUCCCACUCCUCAGCCAACUAAACCCCUCCGAGGUUCAUCAGAGUGCAAGGCAGUAACCAAAGUACUGUAUAUCUCAGUCGCCUUCCCCAACCUACUGUAUAACUUAUUUAGAACGACUAUCUGAACACCCUGUCAUGUUUCUUGGUUCUUUUUAGGGUGAAUGAAAAUAACAACAGGUUCUGAUCAUACGAGUAUGUCACUAUCGGUGUAGUGUUGGUGUGAUGGAUAAUUUCUUAGAGAAUAAUUUGCGAAUUGCAUAAAUGAAGCACGUCACCAAUCUAUGUUGUGAAAACUCCAAAUUGUUAUUUUUCAUUAAUUUUCUUCUAUAUAGCACCUUUCUACAUGGCGCCACUAUAGAAAUUAUAAAUAUUUUUGAUAAGAGCAAUGUACACAACACACCUCUAAUGGUUCCUUCUCGAUGCCUCCAUUUAGUUGCCGAGACAAUGAAUUAUUAACAGAUAAUAUUUUCUAACAACUGUACUCAUUAUGAAUAAAUAUGCAUUGAUAGUUUCUCAAGAUUGAAUUUAUCAUGUUUGUGUGUGUUAAACUCAAUUUCACUUGGAUUUCUGAUAAUAAAGUUUUACUCAUAUCAAACUUCCAACUUUCCUUUGUCAGUCAGGACUACUCUGCCUUGUCUAUGAACACUCUUUCCUCUUCCAGUUGUUCCAGACUUGCAAUUAAGAAUUAUUGUUGUUUAAUAAUUCUUAUAUUAUUAUCUCUACCUUAUUCCUAGAUUUUUCCGGCAAUCGUCUCUUUUCUGGUCUUUAAUCAAAGGCCCAAAACUUCCGACUAAUAAAUUCUUAAUCCUUUUCUGAAAAUACUCAUAAAUACUCGGAAAAGAGAGUAAACACAAAUAGGUUCCAUGACCUUGAAACACGAGUAUAUAUAUGGUACCUCGUGUUUCAUACCAGCUGGAUUCGGUAAAAUGCUAC